AGCUUUUUUAUUUCAAUCGUGCGUACUUUGAGACUCAACAACACCCUCGUCUCACAGGAAAUCACAUCUGCACUUUCUGCUCGUAGUGUGCAUAAACUUUAUGAAAAUGGCUGAACAAACUCUAGAAGAUGGCUUGAUUUUCUAUGUCAACGGGAAAAAGAUAACGGAGAAGAACCCAGAUCCGGAGACUAUGUUGCUGUCUUAUCUCAGGCAAAAAUUACGGUUAACAGGCACUAAGUAUGGCUGUGGUGGAGGCGGGUGUGGAGCCUGUACUGUAAUGGUGUCCAGAUACGACUCUCAAAACAAAAACAUCAGUCACUUCUCCGUCAAUGCCUGCUUGCUUCCCAUAUGCCAACUUCACGGGGCCGCCGUGACGACCGUCGAAGGCAUCGGGAGCACCAAAACCAAAUUACACCCGGCCCAGGAGCGUAUAGCAAAAGCUCACGGCUCUCAGUGUGGGUUCUGUACGCCUGGUAUGGUGAUGUCCAUGUACACUUUACUGAGAAACAAUCCAAAACCCACCUUGGAGGAGGUGACAGAGGGUCUCGCUGGUAAUUUAUGCAGAUGCACGGGGUAUCGGCCUAUCGUUGAUGGUUACAGGACGUUCUGUGAGAGUGAGAAGUGUUGCCAGAUAAAUGGCACCGCAUGCUGCAUGGCCAAUGAAAAUGGAUCUGUGGGGCCUGUAUUUAAUGGUCAACUAGAGUUGUUUAAUAAAGACGGCCUGCUUCCUCUGGACCCCACACAGGAUCUCAUUUUCCCUCCCGAGCUUAUGAGAUUGGCAGAGUCACAGGAACGAAUCUCUCAGAAGUUCAUUGGAGAGAGAAUGACUUGGAUCUCACCUGGAUCUCUGGAUGAGCUGCUACAGCUGAAAGCAGAUCACCCACAAGCCCCUAUUGUCAUGGGAAACACCAACAUAGGUCUGGACAUUAAGUUCAAGGGUAUCUUUCAUCCUGUUCUCAUAUCACCAACACGAGUUCAUGAACUGUUCAAAGUCACACAGAGACCAGAAGGUGUUUGUGUCGGCGCAGGUUGCAGUAUGUCUGUUGUGAAGAGUGUGUUGGAGAAGAGCAUUGUUUCUUUUCCUCCAGAGAACACACACAUGUUCAGAGCUCUUCUGCAGCAGAUCAACCUCUUGGGUGGACAACAGAUCCGUAACGUGGCUACACUGGGAGGCAACAUUGCAAGCGCAUAUCCAAACUCUGAUCUGACCCCUGUCCUGGCUGCUGGGAGAUGCACGCUGGUCGCUCUGUCUAAAGAGGGACGGCGAAGAGUGCCGAUUGAUAAAGACUUCUUCUUGGGUUUCGCAAAAACAGCUGUGAAGCCAAAUGAGAUCAUCCUGUCUGUUUUUAUUCCUGCUUCUAGAAAGGAUGAGGUUGUGCAUGCGUUUAGACAUGCUCCACGUAAGGAGAACGCGUUGGCUACGGUCAACGCCGGGAUGCGUGUUUGGUUCAACGAGAACUCAAGUGUGGUAAAAGACAUCAGCAUUUAUUAUGGAGGAGUGGGAACAACUAUUGUCAGUGCUGAGGGCGUGUGCAAACAAAUCAUUGGAAGACCUUGGGAGGAUGCAACAUUAAGUGACGGGUACAGGGCACUGAUGGAUGACGUAACUCUGAUGGCGUCGGCUUCGGGUGGAAAGGUGGACUUUCGGAGAUCCUUGACCCUUAGCUUGCUCUUUAAAUUCAACCUGCUUGUUCUCCAAUACCUGCAAGAGAAGAAUGUGAUUCUGAAAGAAAUACCCAAAGAGCUCCAAAGCACGAUCCAGCCUCUACCUAAACACAUUCAGCCCGGCUACCAGGAGUUUCAGAAUGUCUUAGAGAGUCAGUCGGCACAGGAUCCAGUGGGUCGACCCAUGGUUCACCGUACGGCUCUGAGCCAGGCGACCGGAGAAGCCGUUUACUGUGACGAUCUACCGCAUAUCGACGGUGAACUUUUCUUAGCAAUCGUGACCAGCUCCAGACCGCACGCCAAGAUCACACAUAUCGACUUCAGUGAAACGCUAAAGUUGCCUGGUGUGGUGGACGUGGUCAUUGCUGAUGACAUACCAGGCAAGAAGUUCAGGAACAUCGCGGGCUUCGAUGAAGAACUGCUGGCUAAAAGCGAGGUGACCUGUGUGGGUCAGAUGGUUUGCGGCGUGGUUGCAGAUUCUGAAGCUCACGCUAAACGAGGGGCGGCGUUGGUGAAGGUCACCUAUGAAGAUCUGCAGGAUCGCAUCUUCACUUUGGAUGAAGCCAUAGAGAAGCAGUCGUUCUUCUUACCUAAGUGGAAAAUUGGGAGAGGAGAUGUUGAAAAGGCUUUGGAAGAUGCAGAACAAGUCUAUGAAGGAGAGAUUCGGAUUGGAGGGCAAGAACAUUUCUACCUGGAAACACAGAGUUUUCUGGUCGUUCCCGUUGGGGAAGAGCAGGAGAUGAAAGUGUAUUUGUCCACCCAACAUCCUACAUUUACACAGGAGGCAAUAGCCGAGACGUUGGGAAUCCCGUCCAAUCGCGUGUCUUGCCAUGUUAAACGAGUGGGCGGGGCAUUCGGUGGCAAAGUCACCAAAACCUCCAUCUUGGCAUCCAUUAUCGCUGUCGCUGCCUGGAAGACUGGACGGCCAGUGCGAUGUGUAUUAGAAAGAGGCGAGGACAUGCUGAUAACCGGAGGACGCAACCCAGUGUUGGGAAAGUAUAAGGUGGGAUUUAUGAAAAACGGCAGAAUAACGGCAGCUGAUUUUCAAUAUUACGUCAAUGCUGGAAACACGGCCGAUGAGUCUGUAUUGGUAGCUGAGAAGAUCCUAUUACAUCUCGAUAAUGCCUACAACAUACCAAAUCUGCGUGGCCAAUCAGCAGCUUGCAGGACAAACCUGCCAUCCAAUACGGCGUUCAGAGGAUUCGGUGUGCCCCAGUGCAUGCUGGUCAUUGAGAAUAUGAUCACCGAUGUCGCUCAUAAACUCGGCCGUCUGCCCGAAGAGAUCAGGGAAAUAAACAUGUACAAAGACAUCUCGCUCACUCACUACAAGAUGACGUUCGAUCCAGAGAAUCUCGUCCGCUGUUGGGAAGAAUGCAAAGAAAAAGCCGACAUCCACCGGAGACGUCAGGCCAUCGACAUCUUCAACCGGGAAAACCAGUACAAAAAGAAGGGAAUCGCCAUGGUGCCCAUUAAAUACGGCAUUGGGUUUUCAGUGAGCUUCCUCAACCAGGCUGCUGCUCUCGUGCAUAUAUAUAAUGAUGGAUCUGUGUUAGUCAGCCACGGUGGAAUAGAAAUGGGUCAAGGAUUACACACUAAAGUCCAGCAGGUUGCCAGUCGAGAGCUGAAUAUCCCAACUUCUCUCAUUCACAUCUCUGAGACCAGCACGGAUUGCGUUCCCAACACCUGCCCGUCUGCUGCAUCCUUUGGUACGGAUGCGAACGGAAUGGCCGUACAGGAUGCCUGUCAAAUUUUGUAUAAAAGACUCGAGCCAAUCAGAAAGAAGAAUCCCAAUGGUACAUGGCAGAACUGGAUAAUGACUGCGUUCUUGGAGAAGAUUAGUUUGUCCGCUACAGGAUACUACAGAGGUCAAGACUUGUAUAUGGACUGGGAGAAGCAAGAGGGAAAGCCGUAUGCUUAUUUCACAUACGGGGUGUGCUGCAGUGAGGUCGAGCUGGACUGUUUGACUGGAGAGUACAGGACUUUGAGGACCGAUAUGGUCGUCGAUAUCGGCAGAAGUAUAAAUCCAUCGAUCGACAUUGGUCAGAUUGAGGGAUCGUUCAUACAGGGUUUGGGUCUCUUCACAAUGGAGGAACUCAAGUUUUCUCCCUCUGGCAUGUUGUACACACGUGGGCCGGGCCAAUACAAGAUCCCGUCUUUCUGCGACGUUCCUCUGAAGUUUAACGUCUACCUGUUAGCCGGAUCGUCCAACCCUCUCGCCAUCUACUCUUCAAAGGGGAUCGGUGAGCCGUGUCUGUUUUUAGGCAGUUCGGUGUUUUUCGCUAUCAAAGAGGCCGUGGCUGCUGCCCGUAAGGAUGUGGGUUUAACUGGACCGUUCACCCUAAACAGCCCUGCCACCCCAGAGCGGACGUGUCUCGCCUGUGCCACACGUUUCACAAACAUGGUUUUACAAAGUAAAGCCGGAUCAACUUCUGGAUCAGCUCAGCCGUGGGCUUUGGACAUAUAAUCAAUACUAUGAUUAAAAACAUCAUGAUACUUUUAUCUAACACUUAUAUGGACAACACAAGCAUUUAUAUUGCUCUUAUGAAACACUUAAUAAAAGUAUUAUCAGCUUACCAACUAAUAAUAACAAAAACAUUGUACCCAUGCUGUGUAUGUUACCACAUAUCAUUAUUUAAAUUUCUUUAUAAUUAACUUUGAUAAUUUGAUCACAUUUGCAACAUACAUCUAUAUAUUCAGUUUUUCUAUUCUAUUUUGAAAUUACAUUUAUACGCAGUUAUAACAUUUUUUUGCACCUAAAAGGUGCAAUGUGGGACUUUUAGCGUCGUCAAGUGGUGAGCGCAACUAACGGCUCAGUUUACAGCUCACUCCUCCUUUCCGAGACGCAUAGUAAAGCUACGAUAGACGACACAGGACAAACAUGUCAUUUUCUGAGACAACGUAAUGAUAAAAUGCGCUCUAUAGAGCAGUUUGGCCGUUUAGGGCUACUGUAGAAACAUGACUGCGACUCAUUUUAAGGUAAUAAAAACAAUACUGUUCAUUUUGUAACGUCUUUAUAGACCACUGAUAAUAUAUUUAUGUAUAUUAUAUUGCAUUUCUGUCAAGCUACAUUUAACAUUGUGUUGUUCAUGAAUUCAAUUCUAUUAUAAUAUACUAAUUAGUACCAUUAUAUUUUACCUAACUAUAUUUCUAUAUUAAAUAAAUAUAUGCAUUAAUGUUGUCACACUAUAA